UCCCGGUAGUCCUGCCCGCCCCUCCCACUUCUGCUCCGAGAAAAGGACUUGAAACCCCACAACAUUUUUAUGACGAACUAGCAUUUUCUCUCCAUACGUCUCUUUUACUGCGUUUUCAUCAGCAUGUAACCUAAGGCUAUUUAUUGGGCUUCACUCUCCGGUUCCACGUCCUCUCUCCCUGAGCGCUACCUUGUCGAAAGCCAGGCCUGGCUAGAAGAUGGAUGUGUGAGCCGUUCAAUCAGAGAGGAGAAAGCGAUACAGAGGCGUCCUGUCACUUGUUGCAGCGCAGCAUCAGGAGCCACGAGAAAGAGAGCUAGUGAGAUUACAUGAGGAGAUGAUGGAUAUGUCGGAGACUGAGGGGAGAGGAGCUCCUGGCUCCGAGGAACCCGAGUUACCAGCGGGGAACGUGUCCGGCAACAGCCCACAGGUACAAAGUGGAGCCUCUGUGUCCUCGUCUGUGGCCUCCGCACAGAAUCCUGCCACAUCAGCAACAGAGGAUGAGGAUGAGAGUGAAGAUGAGUCAGACAUCCUGGAAGAGAGCCCCUGUGGCCGCUGGCAGAAGCGUAAAGAGGAGGUGAAUCAGCGUAAUGUCCCUGGGAUAGAUGCUGCAUACCUAGCUAUGGACACAGAGGAAGGUGUGGAGGUAGUUUGGAAUGAAGUAAUGAUCUCAGAACGGAAGAACUUCAAACUGCUUGAGGAGAAAGUGAAGGCUGUAUUUGACAACCUGAUCCAUUUGGAACAUGCCAAUAUUGUCAAGUUUCACAAGUACUGGGCUGACACAAAGGACAACCGGGCUAGGGUGAUUUUCAUUACUGAAUAUAUGUCAUCAGGGAGCUUGAAACAAUUUCUGAAGAAGACAAAGAAAAAUCACAAGACCAUGAAUGAAAAGGCUUGGAAGAGAUGGUGCACACAGAUCCUAUCUGCUCUCAGUUACCUCCACUCAUGUGAUCCACCAAUCAUCCAUGGCAACCUGACCUGUGACACUGUCUUCAUUCAGCACAACGGCCUCAUCAAGAUCGGAUCAGUGGCUCCAGACACCAUUAACAACCACGUCAAGACAUGUCACGAGGAACAGAAAAACUUACACUUCUUUGCCCCAGAAUAUGCAGCUGUUGAGGAUGUUACCACCGCUGUGGACAUCUACUCGUUUGGCAUGUGUGCCUUAGAGAUGGCGCUUUUGGAGAUUCAGGGGAAUGGAGAAUCCUCUUAUGUUUCUCAGGAGGCCAUCAACAAUGGCAUACAGCUACUGGAGGACCCUCUGCAACGGGUGUUGAUCCAGAAGUGCCUGGAGUGUGAGCCUGAUAAAAGGCCCACAGCCCGGGAGCUGCUGUUUAACCAGGCUCUGUUUGAAGUACCACUCUUAAAACUACUGGCUGCACACUGCAUAGUUAGCCAUCACCACAUGAUUCCUGAGAAUGCCCUGGAGGAGAUUACCAAGAACCUCGACCCCAACCUGGUCAUCGCUGAGCGGAAAGAUGUGCAGCUCAAGCUUUCACAAUUUCCUGCGUUGGAGCUUGAUAAGUUUCUGGAGGAUGUGAGGAACGGUAUUUAUCCCAUGACAGCGUUCGGGCUGCCCUGCCCACAGCAGACUCAGCAGGAAACUGUUAAAUCUCCUGUUGUCGUUCCACUGGUCAAAUCUCCCACCCCCGAACCUGCAGAGCAGGAGACACGGAAGGUCAUUCAAAUGCAGUGUAACUUUGAAAUUGUCGAGGAGGGAGCAAAGUAUCAUAUAACGUUGCUGCUGAAGCUGGACGAUAAACUGAAUAGACAUCUAAGCUGUGACAUGUUACCUCAUGAGAGUGUUCAAGAUUUGGCUGAAGAGUUGGUGCAGCUGGGCUUUAUUAGUGAGAUGGACCAAACCAAAGUAGCCUCUCUACUAGAAGAACAUAUCAACCUAGCCCCUCACUAGCACUCGUUCCCCUGACCUAUCUUGUUACUAUCUCUUUAAAAGUACACUCUCAACCUUGUUACAUGCUUUGUUUGAUGACUAAAUGCAGUGACUGUAUUCUAUGGAUUUAUUUCAUGUCUUUUCUAUAAAUGGUGGUAAUGUGACCAAAGAGUGGGGUUUCCCUUACAUCUGGGUGUAAAACGUCCCCAAAGCACUCGAAACCCUUGUGUGUAAUUCAUCUGAAUUGGGUUAGCAUUUAACUUGGUUAUGUCUGAACCUUAUUAAUGCUGUAACAGACUUCUCACAACAGAACUAGACUAGAAUAUUUGUGGCUUUGCAUUGAAACCUACCCUUUCAUCGGAAACUGCACAGUUGUCCUGUUUGUGUCCUGGGAAUAGUUAGACCUAAAGCAUCAUCUAAUACUGAUUCUGACCCUCAGUGGAGUCACACAACUGACUCACUGGUGUUCAACUUCUAAAUUUUAGUGGUAGGAUCCUGCAAAUGACAAUCUGUAAAACGGUAGCUUCCCUGGAGAGGGAGAGAUACAUUUCCACCCAGGAAAUCCUAACAUACCAUUCCUUUCUCAUUACUUGUUCUUCUCCUUCUUAUUUGAUUCCCUUUUCCUGUUUUGCUCUGUAUGAACAAAACAUUCUGAGUUUUACUUUAACUGGACGUGUGCAUGUUGCAGGUGUGCAACUUCCUCAGUUAACCGGAUCACUUUAAAAUAUCCAGGAUAUGGAAACAUUUUGAUAAAGAACAACAUGUACGUGCAUAACUGCAUCUUGCCAAUUUUCACUCGGUUACUUUGAGGUACUGUGAACUAUGUGUUACUGAGUUUCUUUGUUUGUGUCUUUAUUAUUUGCCUUAUUUGUACAUCCAUUAAAGUCCUCUUUUUUGUAUUGUUUGUAUUGUUUUAUUCAGUUUUAGCAUUUGCUGCUUGUUUGGUUCGCACACGCCACUCUGCCUUUAAAGAAUAGAUUGCCAUAAAUUGUGGAAAGAGGACCUAGCAUUUAGCUGAUAUGUGUUUGUUUUGUAUGUUGCAGACAUUGUAUAUCAGGUUUGAGAUUUCCCUUUUGUUGGCUACAUUGUUGAGUCUGAACUGAUGCGCAAUAUUUUGUGUUUCUGUUGUUUUUCAUUUGCUAACAGUUGAUUUGGUAAGACAAAGACCUAAGUUGAUUGGCAUUAUCCUUUAAAACGCAGACACUUGAAUGCAUCGUUUUACAUCACACAGGUCUCGUCGAGAUCUGUUUUGAAAUCAGGGCAAUACGGGAUAUAUUGGCUCAGAGCUCUUUGUGGACUGCUGGUACUACUGUGUCUGGAAGCUCGUACAAUUCAGGAGUCCACAAAAAAUCAUUCUUAGUUUGUAUAGAAAGAGUAGACACUUUGAUACAGUAACCUUUUUCUAUCAGAAUCACACUUGGGCUGUUUUUACAGUUUUUAAGACCAGUGUUUGAGCUUUCAGAUGAAUCUCUACUCAGAUGCUGGUUGUUGAAUUAUAAUAAUAAGUUGUACACAUUCACCAGUGAGAUUAAUGAUUCCAGUGCUGUGUUUCAGUUUUCUUUUUAUGUAUUCAGGUUACUACUGUAAGCCAAUUUUCCUUUUCUUUUUUUCUGUCCAUAGAGCAUCAUGCUUUGUAUACUUUCCUCUGUUUGUAUGUCUUAUGUAUGAACUGCUACGAUUGUAUUUUACAAAGGUAUGUUCUCAAGUCAGCCAGGUGAAUGUAAUGCACCACUUCAAGUAUGGAGAAGUGGUCGAAACCAACCAAUGUGAUCACCAGAGCUUUACAUCGACUCUCGCCUCGACAACUCCUCUUUGUAAUGUCUCUUCCACCCAGUUUGCUGGUGGUGACUAAACUGGUUAUUAAAUAAUCGUACAGGGUGGGCAGCUUUGGCCUGUGACUCCCAUGGUGUGAGCUUUUGGUUAUGUUUGGAAGACCUUUCUAUUUGUUUAUAACAUCAUUGUCGGUAAAUGUAUCCUUUCAUGUGCUGACAAAAUCAAAAAAAUAAUGCCUGUUAUUUUAAAUAAACAUGUGAACUGCU